AUGCAAGAUCUUGGUAGAACAAAAUUUUGUCUCGGCCUGCAGAUCGAACAUUUACCAAGUGGAAUUCUUGUCUAUCAGUCAACAUACACUGAAAAAGUCCUAAAACGCUUUUAUAUGGAUAAAGCUCACCCCUUGAGUUCUCCAAUGAUUGUCCGAUUACUUGAUGUUAAGAAAGAUCAUUUUCGUCCUCUGGAAGAAGGCGAAGAAGUUCUUGGUUCUGAAGUACCAUAUCUUAGUGCAAUCGGUCCUUUAAUGUACCUUGCAAAUUGUACCAGACCUGAUAUAGCAUUUGCAGUCAACUUAUUAGCACGGUAUAGUUCUGCACCAACUCGAAGACAUUGGAAUGGGGUCAAACACAUUAUGCGUUACCUUCGGGGAACGACUGAUAUGGGAUUGUUUUAUUCAAGACAAUUAAAGCCCCAGUUGAUUGGAUAUGCAAAUGCAGGUUAUCUUUCUGACCCACAUACAGCCCGAUCACAAACAGGGUACUUGUUUACUUGUGGUGGUACUGCUAUAUCAUGGCGAUCUAUGAAACAGACCAUGACUGCAACUUCCUCAAAUCACUCUGAGAUACUCGCAAUUCAUGAAGCAGGUAGAGAAUGUGUUUGGUUGAGAUCUGUUAUACAACAUAUUUGA